ACGACUUGCUCUCUCUCUCUCUCUCUCUAUAUAUAUAGCCUCUAUAUACAUACAUAUAGAAACAGAGAAGGAAAGAAAGAAAGAAAGAAAACUCUUGUCAUCAGUUUCUCUGCAGUGGGUACAAAAGUGUUUUUGCAAAAACAGAGUCAAAAUAUGAUGAUGUGGAGGAGUAAUAAAAGAGGAAUGUGUGGUGCUUCUGAGGAAGAAAUUGAACAGUUGUCAAGAGAUGGAAGCCAUUACAGCAUCUCAACAGGUAUUCUUCCAUCUCUGGGUGCUAGAAGCAACCGGACUGUUAAGCUCCACAGAUUCAUUAUCUCCCCUUAUGACCGCCGCUACAGGGCAUGGGAGACAUUUUUGGUUGUUCUAGUCAUCUACACAGCUUGGGUAUCUCCAUUCGAAUUUGGUUUCCUUGAUAGGCCAGAGGGGAUACUAGGCAUUACUGACAAUGUUGUCAAUGGAUUCUUCGCCAUCGAUAUCAUUCUCACGUUCUUUGUAGCAUACCUUGACAAAACAACUUACCUAAUUGUUGACAAUCGAAAUCAAAUUGCUUGGAAAUAUGCAAGUUCUUGGCUAGUCUUUGAUGUCAUAUCCACACUCCCUUCUGAACUUGCUAGGAAGAUUUCUCCUACACCUUUACGCUCAUGUGGCUUAUUCAACAUGCUUCGCCUCUGGCGUCUUCGUAGAGUUAGUGCUCUAUUUGCCAGAUUGGAGAAAGAUAGGAACUUCAACUACUUUUGGGUUCGAUGUGCAAAGCUUAUUUGUGUCACCCUUUUCGCGGUUCACUGUGCUGGAUGCUUCUAUUACCUUCUUGCUGCACAUUAUCGCGACCCAAAAAAGACAUGGAUUGGAGCAUCCAUGGAUGACUUCCUUCACGAGAGCCUAUGGAUCCGGUAUGUGACAUCAAUUUACUGGUCUAUCACUACUCUCACAACUGUUGGAUAUGGCGAUUUGCAUGCUCAAAAUACAAGGGAGAUGGUAUUUGAUAUAUUCUACAUGUUCUUCAACCUCGGACUGACAGCAUAUCUGAUAGGAAAUAUGACCAACUUGGUUGUCCACGGUACCAGUAAAACUAGAGAAUUUAGAGAUACAAUUCAAGCAGCAUCAUAUUUUGCACAGAGAAACCAUUUGCCUGCUCGCCUGCAAGAUCAGAUGCUUGCGCAUUUAUCUUUGAAGUACAGAACAGACUCGGAGGGCCUGCAGCAGAAGGAGACUCUUGAUUCGCUUCCAAAAGCCAUCCGAUCAAGCAUUUCACAUUUUCUUUUCUACUCUCUUGUCGAUAAGGUGUACUUGUUUCGUGGCGUGUCCAAUGACUUGCUCUUCCAACUGGUUUCGGAGAUGAAAGCCGAGUAUUUUCCUCCCAAAGAAGACGUGAUAUUGCAGAACGAAGCGCCCACAGACUUCUACAUACUUGUUACCGGAGCUGUGGAGCUACUGGUCUUCAAAAACGGAACUGAACAGGUCAUUGGAGAGGCGAACACGGGUGAUCUUUGUGGAGAGAUUGGUGUGCUAUGUUAUAGGCCACAACUCUUUACAAUGAGGACUAAACGAUUAUGCCAGUUACUGCGUAUGAACCGGACCACAUUCUUGAAUAUUGUUCAAGCCAAUGUCGGAGAUGGAACCAUAAUCAUGAACAAUCUCCUUCAGCAUUUGAAAGAACAGAAUGACCCGAUAAUGGAGGGAGUUUUGUUGGAGACGGAGAACAUGCUUGCUCAUGGUAGAAUGGACCUACCUCUAAGCCUAUGCUUUGCUACACUUGGGGGAGACGACCUGUUGUUGGAUCAAUUGUUGAGACGGGGUUUGGAUCCAAACGAAUCAGAUAACAACGGGAGAUCUGCUUUGCACAUAGCAGCGUCGAAAGGAAGUGAGAAUUGUGUGCUUCUCCUGCUCGAUUAUGGAGCAAAUCCUAAUAGCAGAGAUUUAGAAGGCAAUGUGCCAAUAUGGGAGGCAAUGAUGGCUGAUCAUGAACCAGUGGUCAAGAUACUAGUAGAUAACGGUGCCACCAUAUCAUCUGGCGAUGUGGGCCAAUUUUCAUGCACUGCCACGAAGCAAAACAACUUAGAGUUGCUCAAAAAAAUUCUUUAUCACGGAGGGGAUGUAACGCUUCCAAAGAGCAAUGGAUCCACUGCUCUUCAUGUAGCAGUUUGUGAAGGAAACACCGAAUUAGUGAAAUUCUUAUUAGACCAAGGAGCUAACAUUGACAAACCAGACAUCCAUGGUUGGACCCCUAGAGACCUAGCAGACCAGCAAGGACAUGAAGACAUAAAAACCCUUUUCCAAUCCAAUAAAGAGGUCAAAACUCAAUCUUUCGUUGUCAUACCAGAACAAAAAGGUGAAAAUAAGGUACUUGGGAGAUUUACAAGUGAACCAACGAUCUAUUCGAUGUCCCGGGAUGGCUCAUCAGGCGGAGUAAUCGAAGGGACAUGGAGGCAAUCCCGUCCAAGGCGUAGAACUAGUAACUUUCACAAUUCCUUAUUUGGGAUUAUGUCAGCAGCCGAUGGAGGGAACAACAAUGACUUGCUUUCAUCUAUAGAUCAGACUAAAUGUGUUGAGACUGAUAGAGAUUGUCCUACAAGAGUGACCGUUAGUUGCCUGGAAAAGGGAGAUGUUAAAGGAAAGCUUGUGCUACUUCCACAGAGUUUUCAAGAGCUACUUGAGAUUGGUGCUAAAAAAUUUGGAUUGUUGGUUACUAAAGUUCUAACCAAGGAUGGAGCUGAAAUUGAUGAUAUAGAGUUGAUUAGAGAUGGUGAUCAUCUUGUAUUUGUUAGUGAUAGUGAGAUGGGAGAACCUAAUUGCCAAAAUGGUGGGGUUUUGAGUUGAAAAUGGUGCGUGGAUGCAUCAAUAAUUUUCUCUUAGCUCUACAUACCCCAAAAUAGAAUCAGAAAACUACUGAGAAUUUUUAAAUAUACACCCUAAAUUUUAAAAUUUUGGAUAAGUUUUUUUCUUUUUUUUAAAAAAAAAAAACCCUUUUUGUCAGUUCAUUAAGUGAUUCAAUGUAAAGUUCCUGGUUUGACUUGAAUUAAAUGAUGGUGAUAGGUCAACUAUUGUCACAGAAAAUGUUGAUAUCUUGAAGGUUGAUAUGGUUACAACAAUCGCAACUUGUUUUGCCAAGUUGUAGUUUUGGAAAAAAAAUGUAUUUUUUUUUUA